AUGACUUCCAUAGAAGAAAAAACUAAGUUUAUCUCGAUGUGCGCCAAUAUAAUUAGGGAAAAUUUUGACGGUAAUCCCCUUAGUUUAAACUCCUUCAUAGAUAAGAUCAAUUUAAUUGAAGAGCUUACUGCACCAAAUUUGAUAAACUGUCUCAUUUCAUUCAUAAAAUCGAAAUUAGACGGAAAGGCAAGAGAAGUUUUACCAGAGAACAUAACAAGCGUUGAACAGAUCAAAAACACUCUUAAAGAUAGGAUCAAACCCGAUAAUUCGAAGGUUAUUGCCGGUAGAAUUGCAGCCUUACAUAUAAAAAAUAAUAGUUAUGCAGAUUUUUCGAAAACAGUAGAAGAUUUAGCAGAUGCAUUACAACGUUCUCUUGUAAUAGAGGGUAUAACAAAGGAAAAGGCACAGGAAAUGGCAAUAGAACAGACGGUUUCUAUAUGCAGAAAUAAUGCUAAGUCGGACAUGGUUAAGGCUAUUUUAUCAUCAACAGUUUUCAAAGAACCGAAGGAUGUGGUUGCGAAAUUGAUAAUAGUGGAAUCCACAAAUCAAAAGGAAUAUCAGGUUUUGACAAUGGGACAUAGGAACAAAUCGUCAUUUAUUCGAAAUAAUCAAAAUAAUAGAAAUAAUGGAUAUCGUGGUCAUAAUAGUUCAUAUCGAGGUCGGAAUAAUUCAUAUAGUAGUCGCAAUAAUUCGUAUCGUCAGAACAAUGCAUACCGUAAUCAGAAUAAUAAUUUAUAUAAUUACAAUACUUUUCGGGGACUUUAA